UUCAUUGCGUCUCAUCUUAGCAAUCUAAUUUAAUUCAUCAUAUUUAUUCUUUGUACAAUUUGCGUGUUAAAUUCAUGAUUCGUUUGCCCAAAACAUGGGCGUAAAAACGACUCAACUAAUUGCGGUUUUUGUCACCAGUUUAGCGUUAGCAAUUCCUACCAUGAAUCAUCGAACAGAAAAAUCGACCGGAAUUGUUCUGGCUCGAUUUGUCAGUCCAAAUCCGCAAUUAAUUCGAUUCAAACGUUUCGUUUUGGUUCAACCGAACUCUGCAGUUGAAUCUCGUUCGUUGGUGAUAGGAGCGACGGACUGGCUUUUACAACUCGAUUAUCAAACGUUUGCUUUGUUACAUAAUCGAUCCAUGGCCGUUGGUUCUCCAAAACCUUAUCAUUGUAAGGCGUUAAUCUGUGAUGAACAACGCGGUUGGCUUAUUGCCUGCGGUACUAACAAUCAUGGCCAAUGUUCUAUCCAUGAUUUAAAUAAUAUUAGCCAAAUUCUUCACGAACCAAAAGAAUCAGUAAUAAGUGAUCAACCAGAUGGUUCAACUGUUCUGUUGAUCGGACCUGGUCCAGCAAUAUCAUCAUCGGCUAACAUAUCAAACACAGCGUUGUAUGUGGCCAGCACCUCAAAUGAAAAUUCUCGUAGUGAAAUUAUAGCAACACGGAGCUUACAAAUCGAAAAUCUAAUGCAACUAGUCUAUGCGGAUAUAUCGUCCGGUACUAGACUCUAUCUCAACAAUGCUAUUGCUGGUCAUUUCUACCUUGAAUAUAUAUACGCAUUUCAAUCCGAAGGUUUUACUUUUUUUGUAGUGGUCGAAUCGAUUGGUAUGGGUAAGCGUAACCAACAAAACAAGCAUCAGGCUUUCAUCACUAAACUAGUUCGCAUAUGCCAGAAAGAUGAUCGCUAUUAUUCGUAUACGGAAGUGCCUCUUCAUUGCAAUUCGCACGUAACGGUCAGUAGAGCUAGACGUGCUUUUCAUUUAAAGUCACCAUCACAAGUUGAAAGGCAAUCGUUCGAACAUUUGAUAGUAAUAUUCGAUCAUCAUGCUGUAUGCAUGUAUCAGAUGUGGGCUUUACAGGCUCAGAUCAAUGCUAACAUUGCCAAAUGUUUCGACGGUCAAGGAUUUCAAAACAUACGUUAUAUACAUUCUUCUUUUCCGCCUUGUCAACGUACCAAUAUGACACAAGAAGAUUGGAUAUGCGGAUCCGAUGUCAACCAACAUUUGGAUACGGAAGAUCCAAUCAUAUCUACAUCAUUAAUCGAUACCGAAAAUCAGCGUUUGACAGCUGUUACUGCAUCCUGGAUUGAUCUGGAACAUCAGACUGGAAUCUUGACGUUGGGAACCAAUAACAGCGUUUUACUACUUUACGUUCUGCUUCCUGAUCAUUCAAAAGGACAAAAACAUCAUGAUCAACAAUCAAAAUUCAAGGCAAUUCAAUACAAUCAUAUUGAUUUGGUCGCAUUAAAUCAACUGCAUGAUCAAAUGCCCAUUCUUGCUGAUAUGGAAUUGAUGGAUGGCCAUCAUCUAAUUGUAAUGACCAAAAACAAUGUAUUCAAAUUGGACGUUCAACAAUGCUCGAAACAUAGCAGCUGCAGUCAGUGCAGCGUUUCAGUUGAUCCUCAUUGUGGAUGGUGUCUCUCUACCAACCAAUGUACAAUGAGGAAAUCCUGUCCUAACCAAUCCGAUUGGAUUUAUUUAUUCAAUGAACAUAGUCAAAAUGUUCAUUGCCCACGUAUAGCAACUAUAGAGCCAUCAAGCAUAGCGAUUAAUACACGUAAAACAAUUCGCCUGUUUAUGAAAAACUUUAGAGAACCCAGUAUCGCAAUCGAUCAAGAAUCGCAACAACCAAGACCACUGUAUUGCGUGUUCAAUUUUUUUCGCACAUCUACAGGCAAGACACACAUUAUCACUGACAAACAACAUUCCGCAAUAACGGUAGCCAAACGAAUCCAACAAGGCCAAAUGAACACGCAGAUUAAAUGUCCGUCUCCAGAACCUGAACAACUACCCUCAAUUAGAUCUGAACAUUAUCUACGUUCUUGGCUUGUUGUGGCCAUGAAUUUCGAUACACAUUUCACACAAAAUCCAUCGACUCAAACUUUGACCGAAUUAAGUUCAGGUAUUGAAUUUCGAUUCUGGGAUUGUAGCUCCUAUCGGACAUGCAAUCAAUGCGUUCGUCAGGGCUCGAAUGGCAACUGUAUCUGGUGUAUAUCUGAACAUAACUGUAAAUACAGUGAAGCCAGUUGUCGAAUGGAUCGCAAACUAAUGGUUCGAACUAAAACAACUGCCGAACGUGAACAUAUAGCAAAUUUAUGUCCACGAUUUCUUCUAUUCAACAACAAAUCACAUUUGCUUACUGUACACGAAAAACUAGAAUCUAAGAUACAAAUGAAAGUUUUGAACUAUGAUGUUCAUCACGAUGAUCGUAUUGAAUGUAGAUUUCAAACAACAAACAGCGAACAGCUUAUUGUUAUCGGUCAUUAUAACGCCACACAGAAAUCAAUCCUUUGUGAACCGAUUGUACUCAACAUUCCAGCAAAACUGGAACAGCAAGUCGAUCGUGUGAAUCUUCAAGUGUCAAUCAAUGACUAUAUUUUGGACAAUCCAAACAAUAUGAACAUUCAGCUUUAUGAUUGUAAACGUAUGGCCGAGAAUUGUGGCCAAUGUUUAACGCUUACUGAACAAUACGCUUGUGGCUGGUGUAUGCGUGAUCAGUCAAAAGUGAUCAGUUCUUCAUGUGAAGUCAGUCAACAUUGUCGAAUGGAUUCACAAACAAAAAAUGGAAUUAUCAGAUGGCUGAAUCAAUCUAGCGCUGAACUCUGUCCUAAUCCAAUCAUCCGGGAUUUCGAGCCUAAAUCUGGGCCAAUAAAUGGAGAGACAACGUUGACUAUUAAAGGCGAAAAUCUGGGCCGAACAAUUGACGAUAUCCAGAUCUGGAUUGGCUUAGAAUCAAAACCUGAUCGAACCGUUGAAUGUCAACCGAAAAAAUUUGAUCAUGCUUCCAGACUAGAAUGCGAAUUGCGAACACAAUUUACGAAUCACUCUCUGCAACCGGGUGACUACGGACACAUCAUGGUCAAAUUGCGAGAUGUAUAUGAAGCUCGCUCUACCGAGAUGUAUCGCUUUAUUCGGGCACAAUUGUGGCGUCUUGAACCAGAUCGAGGACCAAGAUCGGGUGGCACUCGUAUUCGUUUGUUUGGUGAAAAUCUUGAUUCGGGAUCGACUUUGACCAUAUUGCUUGGAUCGACCGAUUGCAUUCAGCAAAUUGCUAAUGAUUCUAUGAUUGAAUGUCUUAGCAAUCCAUUCAACGACAUUGUUGCUAAAGAAUCUGAGCGGUCUGAAUCUACACCUGUCGAAAUCGUCGUACAGAUCGAUGGUGUACCUGUAGACAUGGAUAAACCUUUGACAUUUUAUUUUAUUGUUGAUCCGGUCAUCGAACGAGUUGAACACUGGAAUUCAGAACAGUUAAUUGCCCAAUAUCCGCUGAGUAUACCUAGCGGUGGUAUUCGCUUCUUUGUAAUUGGUCAACGUCUGGAUUCGAUUCAAAGUCCACAGUUCUAUGUAACUAUUAAAGAGAAUGAUCGGAUAAAAUUAAAUAUUAGCAGCGUUUGUCAGCAUAUUAAUGCCUCUUACAUAACUUGCGAAUCUCCGUCGAUUAUUGACACAUAUCUAACAACUUUUAACAACAACACUCAGCAUCAUUAUGGUUUCAUUAUGGACAAUGUUGAAUCAGUAAAAUCAUUGACAACAAAUGGAAAUUUUGAACAAUUUCGACUAUAUCGGCAACCCGUUUUCGAUGAAUUUAAAGAACCGGAUCAGAUUCAUCCAUUGUAUGAACAAGAACACUUGACUUUAACUGGACAACAUUUAGAUUUACUUUGGCUAUUUUCUGAUCAGGUGACCAUUGCUAUUGGAGAAUUAUACGUUUGUCAUCUUAUAACCACUUCGGCCAGAUUGCUUACCUGUCAACUUCCACAACAAAUGUUCAAUCAAAAUCAAAGAAAUAAUAAUGCCGAAUGUCAUCUGUUAACGGUUACCGUUAACAUUGGUCACGGAAUGUAUACAAAAAUUAUUGGUCGCCUGAAUCCUUGUCCAACCAAUUCGAUCCAAAGGAUAUUGAUCCCAGGAAUUGUAGUCGUUUCGAUUCUCAUCGUACUAAUAUUGUUGCUUGGAUUAUGUCAAUAUCGGAGUUGUCACCAACAACGUAUGAUACUUCGUGAAAAUCUCGAAAUGGAAAAACAACGCGAAGAUAUCGAAAAAGAAUUGCGUAAUGCACAUUUAGAAUUACGAUUGGGUAUUCAGAAAAUUGUGGAUGAAAAUCUUCCUGCACCGGUACGAAGAUUUAUUGAUUAUUUGAACAAUAUUCUGUUCGCUCAGCUAGAACAACCGUCAUUAUUACCAACAAAUAAUAUCUAUUCACAAACCAAAUUCAAUCGAUUCGGGCAAUUGAUUGCAGAACGGGAAUUUUUGUUGCUGUUCAUAAGAACUUUGGACAAAGAUAAAACAACGUCGAUGAAAACUCGUGUCCGUUUCGGUUCUUAUCUAGUCCAAGCACUAAGUCAUAAGUUGAUCUACCUAACCGAUGUGAUGAUCACCUUACUCAAUGAUCUCAUUGAUCGUAAUCUAUCGCAGCAUCCGAAAUUGUUGCUCCGUCGCAAUGAUACCAUAGUGGAACGUAUCGUUUCCGUAUGGCUCUCGCUGCUUCUUUACGAUCAUCUGGUAACCAAACCAAUCAGUCAAUCAUUGUAUCAUUUAUAUCAGGCUUUUAAUAUUCACUGUUACAAUGGACCAGUUGAUGAGAAAUGUGCGUUUGCUCGAAACACUAUGGACCAAGAACGUAUGUUACGAACUAACAUAGGCUUUAAACGAUUAACUAUACAGGUAGCUUUGAUCGAUUAUUCAAUGCGUUCGCUGGCUGACGAUGAUGAUGAUGAUGAUGACGGCGAACAUAUUUACGAAACACUUAUAUAUGAUCAGAAACCAACAGAUGUAAAUGAACUGGUUUGGCACCAAGUAGAAGUACUAGACUGUGAUUCAAUUAACCAAGUGAAACGUAAAGCAUUAAACAUAUUGUACAGUUCCAAACCUUAUUCACAACGUCGAUAUUUUGUCGAUGAUCUUGAACUUCAGUACAUUAACGAACAAAAUAAAUUGUUCACUUUUGCAAAUUCCGACAAAAGUAACGAAAGACGUAUCGAAAAAAACAUCCAAUGGUCACGCCUCAACACAUUAGCCCAUUACAACAUUCAGGAAAAUGGUUCACGUUUUUAUUUAAUGCCAAAAGAAUCGGUAACUGCAACAGUGAACAGUAAUAGCGCUCAUUCAUCACCAAUAAUCAAUCGUGAUCGUACAAAGUCAGUCAUUUCGACUAUUGCUCAGUUAUUACUCAGCCAACAACAGGAAAAUAACUUACAGCGAAUCCACGAAUGGCAUCUGGACGAAGGUUAUCAUAAUUUACAAAUUAUCCAUCAUAACAGUAACUUUUCGCCCAGUAUCUAUCAAACACGUCGUCAAAUUACGAAAGAAAUAACCCAGAAUUAUGUGGAUCGAUUAUUUGUUUCCAUUUUUCAACGUCAGCCUGAUAGGCCAAACGAUGGCCUCGACGAAAGUGUUGCUGUUUGCAAACCAAUUAAGUUUCUUUUCGAUUAUUUUGAUCGACAAGCUCAAAAACCAUGGAGUCGAUUGAGGCCAGACUUAAACAUCAACCUUUCAGAAAAAGAUGAAUUUGAUCGUCGUGAAAGUCAAGAUGUGGCACACAUCUGGAAAUCAAAUUGUUUGCCGUUACGAUUUUGGGUCAACAUUAUCAAGAAUCCGGAAUUCGUACUAGAUGUUGAGAAAGAUGCAGUAAUCGAUGCAAAUCUAAGCGUCGUUGCUCAGAUUCUAAUGGAAUCUUGUUCGCUGGAGUUACCACGUCUGGGAGAAAAUUCGCCAUCUUCAAAGUUAUUGUUUUCUCGUGAAUUUGAAACCUAUAAUAGCUGGGUGCGCGAUUAUUAUAAUUAUCUCAGUCAACUCAACCCGGUCACACAUGCCGAAAUGGAACAGUAUUUUGAAGAGUUCUCACAGCGAUACAGCGAUCAGGUUGAUAGAACAAAAGCGUUGGGCCAUCUUUACGAAUAUGUACUAAAAAGCCGACAAAUGUUGAGCAAUGAAAUGGACAAACAAAGUCCAAUGUAUUUGCGUUUUCAAUCGCUUUUUUAAAUAGACAAAUAAUACAUAAUAAUUGUUAAUAAUAAUAAUUGUAUUCUCGGA